UGCGCGCGGACUGAUCACCGGAAGGUCUGAUCUCGCUUUUGGUCUCUCACGCGCAUCCAUUCGGUUGCGCGUGCCGCCGCGAUGUGGGUUCGAACUGCGGAGCGUUGACAAAUGAACCGAGGAAACAUCACGGAUCAAGCGGUGUCCCUUCGGCUUCCCGAGGAGUGGCGAGGCUGACGGCUUCAUUAAUGAUGCGAGGACUGGACAACAGCACCUUCCAGUCCAGUCUCCCAGUGGCUGCUGACAUCACAGUGAGCGUGUUUUACUCCCUGUUUGGUGUUUGUUCGCUCUGUGGCAACAGUAUGCUGCUGUAUGUGUCCUACAAGAGGAAACACCUCUUAAAACCAGCAGAGUUCUUCAUUAUUAACCUGGCCAUCAGUGACCUGGGCAUGACCCUCAGCCUUUACCCCCUUGCUGUCACCUCUAGCCUCGCCCACAGGUGGCUUUAUGGGAGGACAAUGUGUAUAAUCUAUGCUUUCUGUGGUGUUUUAUUUGGGAUCUGCUCUCUGACCACGCUUACUAUACUCAGCAUUGUUUGCUGUCUAAAAGUCUGCUAUCCACUUCACGGUAAUAGGUUCAGUUAUGAACAUGGUUGUGUGCUAAUAGCAUGCGCGUGGGCCUAUGCACUCGUGUUUGCUUGCUCCCCCCUUGCUCACUGGGGGCAGUACGGUCCUGAACCCUAUGGCACGGCCUGCUGUAUCGACUGGGCCUGGUCGAAUCACGACUCCAUCGCCCGCUCCUUCAUCACUGUGCUCUUCAUCGCCUGCUACCUGCUGCCCUGCGGCAUCAUCAUUGUCUCCUACACACGCAUACUGCUCACAGUCCGAGAGUCUCGCAGAGCGGUAGAGCAACACAUCUCAGCACAGACACGCAUGGCCAACAUCCAGACCAUCAUAGUGAAGUUGAGUGUUGCAGUGUGUAUAGGCUUCUUCUCUGCAUGGAGUCCGUAUGCACUGGUGUCUAUGUGGGCGGCAUUUGGCCAUUUCGAUGACAUCCCACCCCUAGCCUUCGCUGUACCAGCCAUGUUUGCCAAAUCCUCCACCCUUUAUAACCCGCUCAUCUACCUCUUGCUAAAACCCAAUUUCCGCCACCUCCUCUGCAAGGACGUGCGUUCCCUGCAUGGGUUUUGUGUGCACCACUGCCUGUGCAAAUGUUUUUCACACUGCAGUAUGCGACCCCUGCGACGACGAGCCCAAUCCAUCUCCGAAUCAAUGGGUGGGCCAAUUGGCCCAUGUCACUGCCCUUGUGAGAGGUGCAACGACCCAUUUGAGCAAUUUAAACACUACCCACGCCCCUGUCCGGUCAAGAUUAACACUGUACAGUUGUCACUGCAGGACAGAUCCAAGCCAGAAUUGGAGCCCGUGCUAGAACAAGGAUGCAGAAUGGUGAAAGAACGGAGAACAAAGAGCCAAUUAAUGGAGGUGAAGAAAUCUGUGCGAGUGAUCGUGAGGGGUCAGAAAUGCUCAGAGAUUGACAGUCUGGAGAUCACCUUGGAAAUGGUGCCUGCUCACAGCAAAGCUGCCAAAAACGGCAAAUCUUAA